AUGGGACUCUCAACACUCUUCAAGUCUGAUGAAGACAUUCGCCAUGUCGGCAACUACACUUUCAAAUGGACUGAUAGCCACAUCCCCAAGGAAGUAACGGAUCCGCUACGGUAUACAUACGACAGGCUUGGUGCGGCAGCAGUGGAGAGAAUUCAAGAGAUACAUCGCCGAAACGCCGCAGCCGCAAACGAGGAUGCACAGCAUAUCUCCAGACUAGACCUCCUCGCUGUCCUCGAAGCCAACCACAGCACCGACGCCAUCCUGGGCCAACUAUGGGAUGAGGUCCACACCGUCCCGCCGUGGGUCGACUGGGCGCAGCUGGAGCGGGGCCAGAGGUUCCUGUACCGCUACGCGAUGGCCAACCUGAUGGGCUUCGCGCUGCAAGGGUUCGUGGGCGAGAACUCGGCCUCGCAGGGCGUGGUGGAGGUCCUGGUGCGCACCGGCGGCUUCAGCACGCGCGUGCUGCUGCACCGGCUGCUCGAGACUUUCCAGCUGCUGCUGCAGGUCACGCACAGCCUCGAAUUCGUCAGGCCGGGCGGCGAAGGGCACAGGUCUGCCGUGCGGGUGCGGCUGCUGCACUCGAUGGUGCGUCAGAGGAUCCUCAAGAUCGUGGAGGCCAGGGGCGCCGAGUACUUUGACGUCGAAACGCUCGGCGUACCCAUCAACACCCUCGACUCCCUCCACGCCCUGACGACGUUUGCCUGCAACCACGCCUUCAUCCAGCUGCCCCUGAUGGGCAUCACGGCGACGGCGAGCGAGGUGGAGGACUACGUUGCGCUUUGGAGGUAUGUCGGGUACGUGCUCGGCACGCCGACGGAGCACUUUGUCUCGGCGUCUAGGGCCAAGGUCCUCAUGGAUAGCUUGAGUUACCACGAGCGGGGGCUGACGGACAGCUCGUUGGUGUGUGGUCACAACUUUGUCGAGACGGUCAAAGACCUGGAGCCGGUCAACAUCUCGGCAGGGUUCAUCGAGGCGGGCAGCAGAGUGCUGAAUGGGGAUGCCCUUUGCGACAGCCUCGGGAUGAAGAGACCGGGGCUGUACCACUAUGCCUGCUUCAGGGGUUACUGCUGGUUGGUCAGGACGCUCGCUCUGGCUCAGAGGUGGUCUCCUCGGCUGGAUGCAAAGAUGAUCAACUUCAACAGGGCAACGCUUCACUCGGCCAUCAUUCAUAGCAAAGCUGGCCUGGCAGGCGGAUCCAAGUUGAAGUUUAAGCAUGUGCCCGACGGGACCCUGACGGGGAAGGAAAGCAGUCCAGGGAAAAGAGGCAAAGUGCGGUUUUAUGAGAGGGUGUUUGAGCUGUUUUGCUUUGUAUACUUUGUGUCUGGAUUGUCUCUUUUGUUAUGCGGCUCGAGCUUGGCAGUCAAAGUCGCGUGGAUGACUUUACAAGGUGUUGCAUAUACCUGAUGAGGAUUUGGGAAACAUUCAAAUAGCCCGUGUCCUGAUUCGCUGGGCAGUGUAAGGCUUUGGGUUCACAAUCACCAGGGCGUCGGUUUAAAAUAUAUAUCAAAUAGCAGUAUAAUAGUUUUGGGGAA